AUGGCGCCACGAUCAAGUGCCAGCCGUGCAGAGAUCCAAGCCGCCGUGGACAGUAAGCGCUUUGGCGAUGACCGUGCUGGAGCCUUGCGAUCUGCACCAUCCGCCGGUCUACACGCACUGCUAUUCGUCCACGACAUUCUGUCGGACGCUCCCGCUGCUCCCGCUUCCCCUACCGCGUCUAACGCGUCCAACACCGUCAGUAUGAUCGGUCCCCCUCGCAUGCCAGAAGCUGACGAAGAUGAAACACCCUCGGCCGUGAACGAGGGGGCUCCUGAAGAUGAACAUCAACCGCCACCAGGAACACCUACAGCUGACACGAGUGAGCAUCCUAAGAGGCGCCCAGAAGUGAGUCAUGCCGCGCCGCCGACAAUCAUCUCCGGACAGAGCAAUGCCACGCCCCUCAAUCCACUUGCGUUGAAGCUGCUGCAUUUUGUUCGGCGCGUGAAUGGCGGAAUGGGAAUGGCGGAGAUUGAUAUCAAUGGCCUGCUUCAGCUCGUGGUGGAGCCCGGCCUUGCGCCUCUUGUGAUCUCAGAGAUCCGGAACUGCAAGGAUCUAGGGCGGUUCGAGAUGGAGCGCUUGGUAGGGCUCAAUCGCGGAUGGUCAGUGGCGACCUUUGAGAUCGAUGGUCAUCCGCCACAGCGCCUUCUCUUCCAGAACUCAGCUCACACAUUCGCUGAACUAUUUGGGCAUACCAACAACGCGCCCGGCUUCAAGCUCAAGGCGCGUCUCGAUGAGGACCCUGACACAGGCGAGCGUCGCUAUAACACGCCGGAAACAGGAAUAUGGUGGAACGAUGCUCAGGAACACUUCGGAUGGUCCGAAGUCGUGGGGAGAAUCAUCCUAUAUUCGGAUGUGACGCACAUGAGCAACAACGGCCGGAAGAAGGCGUGGCCGCUCAUGAUGACGCUUGCCAACAUGUCUCAGGCCAAGCGAUGGGGGAAAGACGGGCACACGCUACUUGCCCUACUGCCAAUCCCCCCUUCUACAAUGUAUGCCGUGGAAAAGGUGAUGCUCUUCCAGCGAUGCGUCAUCACCGUGCUGCAGCCGCUUCCCGAUGGCAUGGAAAGGGACCCUUUCGGUGAUUGGCAAACCGUGCGGCCCCUGCUGUACGCCUGGGUGUGCGACUACCCCGAGAGCGGCAAGAUCACAUGCACACUCUCGCAUGGAUCGCGGAUGCCGUGCAGCAUCUGCUAUGCUGCAAAGGAGCAUCUGGUUGCUGUCAAGGCACGGAACACGCCGCGCACGCCUGAACAGCAGCAAUGGAUCGUGAAUGAGGCGGCUGGGUUGACAUCAAGCCAGGCCGACCCAUGCAAGACCUACUCGACCUACCCGGUUGAGUGUGUGCUCUGGAAGUGGGAUGUCCCAGGGACCGUGUGGGGCAAUCCCUACCUCGUUGUCGUGCCUGGCAUCAUGCACCAGGCGGACCUAGGCAUGAUGAGCCACAUUGUGGCUGUCGUGCGCAAGAUGAAGAAGCGGCGCGUGAAGCAGAUGGACAGGUCAGUGUUUUGGGGGAUUAGAUUAGUUGCUCUUUGUCAUAUACACUCCAAUCCGCACUCUCCUCCUCUUACUAACAUGUUUCUAUACUUGUGCCGCCCUUGA